AUGGUUGAGACGCGCGCCGCCCGCACCUCGAGGGAGGAGGACCCGAAGGCGGGCCACCCAGGCGUGCCGCUGCCGGUCACCCUGCUCUCCGGCUUUUUGGGCGCCGGCAAGACAACCCUGCUGCAGCACAUCCUCAAGAACAAGGAAGGCCUGAGGUGCGCCGUGAUCGUCAACGACAUGGCGGAGCUCAACAUCGACGCCUCCCUGGUCAAGCAGGGCGGUCUCAUCCAGACCCAGGAGCGGCUGGUGGAGAUGCAGAACGGCUGCAUCUGCUGCACGCUGCGGGACGACCUGCUGCAGGCACGCUGGGGGCAGGCGGAGGUAUCCCAGCUGGCGAGGGAGGGGCGCUUUGACUACCUGGUCAUCGAGUCGACAGGCAUCAGCGAGCCGCAGCAGGUGGCGGAGACCUUCGAGCUGCCGCCAUCAGAGGGCGCCUCGCCGCUCAAAGAGCUGGCCCGCCUGGACACGUGUGUUACUGUGGUGGAUGCCACCAACCUGCUUCUCAACAUGGCCAGCAUCGAGACGGUGGCGGACCGUGAGGGGCCCGAGGCGGCGGGCGGCGAGCGCAACGUGGCGGACCUGCUGCUGGACCAGAUCGAGUUUGCCGACGUGAUCCUGCUGAACAAGACAGACCUGGUAGAGGAGGCAGAGCGCCUGACGCUGGCUGCCUUCCUGCGCCGCCUCAACCCCGGCGCGCGCAUCCUGCCCACCACCCAGGCCCGGGUGGACCUAUCAGAGGUGGUGGGCACUGGGCGCUUCGACAUCGACAAGGCAGCAGAGGCCGCCGGUUGGCUGCAGUCGCUCAAGGAGGCGCACACCCCGGAGACAGAGGAGUAUGGGAUCGCCAGCUUCGUGUACAGGGCUCGGCGGCCCUUCCAUCCUGACCGCCUGUGGCAGAUGCUGCGGCGCUCGAUCUUGGCCCCUUCCCCGCAGGUGCUGCGCAGCAAGGGCUUCCUGUGGCUGGCUGGGCGCGACGAGAUGAGCGGGGAGUGGAGCCAGGCGGGCGCGGUGAUCCGCAUCAGCCCCAGCAGCCCCUGGUUUGCCGCCAUCCCUGAGGAGCUGUGGCCGGAUGUGGAUCCGGCCAAGGUGCGGGCUGACUUUGCCCCAGAGGUGGGAGACCGCCGCCAGGAGCUGGUGUUCAUCGGCAUUGGCCUCAAGAAGGAGGCGCUGAGCGCUGCGCUGGAUGCGUGCCUGGUCACCGAGGAGGAGGUGGGCCUGCUGCAGGGGGGCAAGUCCAUGCACAUGCGCUGCCAUUGCUGCAGCCACCAGCUCCUCAGCCUGGGCGCGCAUGUGCGCCCGGUGGCAUGA